AUGGCAAUGAGAAAUCACGUGAUCAGGAGCACUGAGGUGACUAAUGAAGGGAGCUGCAGAGUGAUGUGUUAUAUGGAGCCUAAUUGUGUGUCCAUCAAUGUGGGUCAUUUGGAAGGAGGAAAACUCAUAUGCGAGUUGAACAACGCCACGGAUGAAGACCAAUUUGUCAAAUUUCUUGUGAACAAACCAAGUUUCACCUAUUCAGCCAUAAUCGAGGUAUUGCUUGGCAUAGUACCAUGUGUAUUUCGUCAGAAUUAGUGAGGAGUCUGAUCUGUCUUUAAACUUAGAAGUAUUGUGUUUAUUUUCUUAACAGAAUCCAUGCAACAACAACCCAUGUGCGAACAGAGGCACCUGUCAGGCUGGAUUCACCAGUAAAGGUUUUCGUUGUCUCUGUCGACCUGGAUUCACCGGGGAAAACUGCCAAUUUAAAGGUAAAAAUGGUAAUGCUCUAUCACCAACGGUAAAUGUCGUGAGAGUUGUUAAGUUUUUUGGCCAAACAAUGACACCCCAUAUGAAUCACCAGAAAGCUUUGCAUUUAGAUUGUAUUAGUGGAAGCGAAAACGAGCGAAGAAAACUGAGAUUACCAAUCAAAAGUUCCCAAAGUGUUCAAGCAAAAGGCUCUGUGUUACCCCGAAAAUUGAUUAAUCAAUUAACAUAAUCAGCUAAAAGGGGCACAAAAGUGAAGCAUUAGGUUCACAACCUGGUUAGUUUGGGGAGACAAAACCUAAUGGAGAGCAAAAUUAUACUUAAAGAACUCAUCAUUACUUUUUCUCCUUCCCAGCCAAACGAAAUUGUGCUGAAAUCUACAAAUCCGGUCAAACAACUGAUGGUGUGUACACCAUUAAACCUGAUAACAUGUCUAUCUUUGAGGUAUUCUGUGACCAAACAACAGCUGGUGGAGGAUGGACAGUGUUCCAGAAGAGACUGGACGGCUCGGUUGAUUUUUACCGCCACUGGAACGACUACAAGCACGGCUUUGGUGACCUAAGUGGGGAGUUUUGGCUCGGACUGGACAAGAUUCACCUCCUGACCUCAUACAGUCACAACAUGCUGCGUGUGGACUUAGGAGACUUUGGUGGGAACACUGCUUUCGCUGAAUAUAACAGCGUUGUUGUUAUGAGUGAGGAAGACAAGUACAAGCUGAUCAUUGGUCCUUACUCAGGUAAAACAGCAGUUUCCUUAUUCAUUCUGUGAGAGGGGGAUUGGUUUAGGGAUUAAUUAUGGUAAUAGGACCGAGUGGCGUCCAAGUCGGUCUGUAAUCAUAUGAAUGAUUGACAAAAUCAGACAACUGUGAAGCGGGAGUCCGAUUUGUGAAUCACGAGUAUGAUUACAGACUGAAUUAGAAUCCACUCAGUCCUAUUACCAAUUAAUCAAAACUAUGACAAAAUUUGAGAAAAAAAAACUAGAUAUCUGGUAUACGUUAAAUAGGCGAGAUGCGAGAUAACAGUGCGCGCACAUGACGCCUUCUGUCCACUUACACAGGCAUGACCCGUUAGCUGUCCCUUUAACUGUCCUAUUACCCUAUCCAAUUACAAGCAUGACGUGCACACUGUCCUGUUAUUGCUCAAAUCGGGCUGGUGAUAGCCCAUUACGUUCGAGAAUUUUGCUAUAGUUUUGAUUAUCAAGAGUACUGAACGUCUCCGAAAAAAAAAAACAAAAAAAAAAGCAGAAAUAACAUAUUGUCUCAACCACACCGAUGUGCAAUUUCGACAACGCAUUAUAUAAAGGUAUUCACUGAUCAAUGAUGCCCAGUGGGGCCAAUACAAUUUUUUUAUAGUAGUAGUCACAUUUCACGGCCCAGCCUCUUCUUCAAACUUUCAAGCACACUUUGAGAAACAAGUUGAUGAACGACCACUGGAAGUGUAGUCGUCAUCGAUUUCAUUAUCAUUAUCAAUUUCAUUGUCUUUUUCAUUGAUAUUUUUAUCAUAAUAAUUUAUACCAUCAUCAAUAUUGAUAUUAUUAUUAUUUUUGAAAUUAAAAAAUUAAAAAAAAAAUUAAUCUUUUUAAGGUUUUCCUUGAAAUUAACACUUUACUGAAUUAUUUUUCAAUUCGAAUGGUGUUGUUUAAAUAGUAGGUGAAAUCUAAAUGAAUCAUUUUCAGGAACUGCUAGUGAUUCUCUCGCUUAUCAUCAUGACCUGCCAUGGAGCACUCACGAUCAAGAUAAUGAUGCAGUCGCGGAAAAUUGCGCCAAGACGAAGCACGGAGCCUGGUGGUAUCGCCGUUGCUAUGCCUCCAACCUAAAUGGCCUCUAUUAUCGAGAACAGCACUCUUCCGAAGACGGAGUGGUCUGGUAUUACUGGAGGGAAAAUUUCGUGUCUCUGAAAAGAACAGAGAUGAAAAUAAGGCCAACGGAUUUCUGACUUUCAAGUCUGAAUUUGACGCUUCAGGGUAUACCACGUCUGCUGAGCAGAUUUCAGUUUUUCUCGUUUGAUUGUUUGUUUGCCGGUUUCGCUUGUUAAGCUUAAGAUUGUCACGCACAUGCGCAUCAAUAGUUUUAAAGAUUUGUGGCACUCGAGUAGGUUUCUAUAGUGGAUAAUUUCUUCUCAAGGUCAUUUCAGAUCCGAUUUAAAAAUCCUAAAGUACGUGAGAUGGAUAAGGAUUUUUAUU